GUCGUCUUCUGUGGACGCAUUAAAAAAAAAGCUUCGGUGCGGAAACGGUGGAGUCUGUCGGCGAGUUGAAGUCCGGCUCGUGUGAUUCAAACGAUGCCGAUGAAGUUGGAAAGUGAUGAGCGAGGAUGCUGAAAGUGGGAAGCCCGCUUUGUUCGGAGGAGCGCAUGGUUUCUGUGCCUCCCUCAUCCCGCAGCUCCUUCCCUGCUGCUUUGUCUUCUCCUGGCCGGCUGGUACCGACCGUGAGCUGUGCGGUUUGUCUGGGUUGGACUGCGACCAUCAGCGGGUCAGAACCAUGAGCCUGUAUGGGUCCGGCGUCAGCGGGGCUGCAGGUGGUGGAACCAGAGAAAGAGGAGGAGCAGAACAUUAUCGGGAACAGCGGCGGCGCUCCAGCGACCGUUCGCGUGAAUCCUCCCACGAGAGAGAAGGCCAGCUGACGCCCUGCAUCAGGAAUCUUACUUCUCCAACUCGACAACACGAUCGAGAACGCGGCGAUGGAGGCUCAUCCUCCAGAUCCUCAAGUCCACGCCCUCCAAGGGCUUCUCAUUCCUAUUCAUACAUGGGAGGGGCUCUGGCUGGGGGACACAUACCACGGUCCCUAGGUCCUCCUGGAAAGGAGCGCCACGCUGUGGGUCAGGGACCCUGCGAUAUGAUCUACGUGUACGACUUGAGCAGCAAAGAGCAUCGAUCUGGGCUGCGACUGGGAGAACGAGUCACGCUCAUUGUGGACAACACGAGAUUUGUGGUGGAUCCUGCCAUCUUCACAGCUCAUCCCAACACCAUGCUGGGCCGGAUGUUUAGUACCGGGCGGGACAACAAUUUCACUCGACCCAAUGAGAAAGGAGAGUUUGAGGUGGCAGAUGGUAUCAGCUCCACCGUCUUCAGAGCCAUCCUGGAUUACUACAGGUCGGGGAUAAUCCGCUGCCCUGACGGUGUUUCCAUCCCCGAGCUGAGGGAGGCAUGCGACUACCUCUGCAUCUCCUUCAGCUACAGCACCAUCAAGUGCAGAGAUCUCAGCGCCCUGAUGCACGAGCUGUCCAACGACGGAGCGCGGCGUCAGUUCGAGUGUUACCUGGAGGAGAUGGUGCUGCCGCUGAUGGUGGCCAGCGCUCAGAGCGGCGAGAGGGAGUGUCACGUGGUGGUUCUGACUGACGACGACGUGGUGGACUGGGACGAAGAGUACCCGCCGCAGAUGGGCGAGGAGUACUCGCAGAUCAUCUACAGCACCAAACUCUACCGCUUCUUCAAGUACAUCGAGAACAGGGACGUGGCUAAAUCGGUGCUGAAAGACCGAGGACUGAAAAAGAUCCGACUAGGAAUAGAAGGAUACCCGACCUACAAGGAGAAGGUGAAGCGACGUCCCGGGGGUCGUCCGGAGGUCAUCUACAAUUACGUCCAGCGCCCCUUCAUCCGUAUGUCCUGGGAGAAGGAGGAGGGAAAGAGUCGCCACGUGGACUUCCAGUGCGUCAAGUCCAAGUCUACCACCAACCUGGCUGCCGCCGCCGCAGACAUCCCCCAGGACCAGCUGGUGGUCAUGCACCCCCUGGGGCCACAGGUGGACGAGCUGGACACUCUGCCCCAGCAGCCGUCCGUCGGGCAGGGGGCGGAGAACCACCCGAGCCCCCAGCUCGCGCAGAACCAGCAGGCUCAGGAUAACUCGAGCCAAGCGGGGCAGAACCAACAGCACAGCAGCUACAGUCAGAACACGUACCACUACGAUCCAGACCCCGACAAUCCGUCCCCCUCUGCAUGACCCCCCCCCCCCACCCCUAAAAACUGCUUCAGUUCUGUUGC